CUCUCUCUCUCUAUUAUUCCGGCCUUCUUUCAGACAGUACAGAAGUUCAGAUACAAAGCCUAAUAAUCGAGUGACGAAAAAGUGACGAAAGCGAGAUUAGUGUGCGUGUGUGUGUGUGUGUGUGUGUAGUGGACGGGCUUUGCUUUGCGCAUGCGCGCUUCUAUAACGGAAAAGCGGCGCUCAAUAACGAAGACGCGCAUCAAUGAACAGCGGAGCUAUAAAAGGAGCGACUCUCUGCUCCGGUGCUGAUGCCUGCUUCACAAACUGGACUUUUGCAGUCUCUACAGCUACAGAACACACACACACACACACAGCAGGACUGUACAACUACACAAAGUAAAAGAAUGGUAUCCACAAGAAGUUUGCAUAAAACGAUGGUGUUUCUGUGUUUGUGUGUUUUGUACAACAGCAUGAGGACAGACAGCAGACCACUGAGCCGGAGGUCCGUCAGUGAGGUCCAGUUAAUGCACAGCAUUGGUGUGCGUAAACACAUACAGCAGCGGCAGGAGUGGCUGCAGGAGCACAUGCAGGACAUACACACCGCCCCGUUACAUGCUGGGAAAAUCAGUGGAGAGCGCAUCAUGCUGGAGCGCUCGCGAUCCCCAGAUCCAUUCAAAGGGGGCGUGGCUGAUACUCUGGACACGCAAUGAAACGUGGAGCCGUCUCGCUCCAUCUCAAUCUCAUUUCUAUUUAUUUUCCCCCCUCCUAUUUAUAUAUUUAAGUAUUUAUCUCCAUUUGUGGACUUUUCAAAAGUACUCCUGUUUGUUAUAAAAAUAUGUUAUGUACGUGUAUAUUGGGACUUUUAUUUUAGAAAAAAAAAUUGGCUACCCGUAUGAGAGAGAGCACUUUCAUUUCUUUUAUUUUUAAAUGAGCUGAAAUAAUGCUUACGGAAGGCGAGAAUAUUGUAGAGUAGGACCAAAUUAUUAUUUUUUUCUUAAAAUGAAUAAUAUAUAUUUUUUAAAACAGAAAUGACCACGAAAAAGAAUAUUGAAUGUAUUUUCAUAUAUGUUUAGAGUUUAGGAGUCAUGUUGCAAAACAUUUGAUGAAUUUGUUUGCUAAAUUAGAAUUUUUUAUUUUAUUUAGAUUGUAAAUUCAAUACGGUAUAUAGUGUAUUGGCUGAUAUACACUUUAUAACACCAAAACAAUGUAUAAUAUAUGUGCUUUAUUUUUAUAUACUUCUAAUAAAAUGAUAAAUCUCUUUUCAAAA